GUAAACUGUUAUACAAUAGUUGUAUCAAAAAUAUAUGAAUUAUUUACAAUAUUUGGUUACCACUUUAACAACAUCAUCAAAACGUUUCCAGUUGUAAAUUACUUACAAAUUCAUAUUUUAAAAUAUUUUAUUGUUGUUUAGCGGGUAUCUUAUUUGUUUGUUUUAUGUGUGAUAAGUUUUGUUAAAAAAUUUUAAAUUCUUUAAUCUUUGAUCAGGUUGAAUAUAACUAAAAAGAAUGUUAAGAAAUAUCAUGGAGUUUUGAUAUAUCAUCGGACUAAAAAAAAAUUUUUCUUUGUUUACAUUUGUGAUGGAAACCGAGAACACAAAUAUCAUAGAAGAUAUAAUGCAAAAGAAUGUCAAUAUUUUGCAAACACCUAAUGAACAAUUAACAAAAAAUGAAUCAAUGAUAAAUGAAUCUAUUUUAAAUUGUUUAAAUAAGGAUAAUUCUAUAUUUCAAAUGUUAUGUAAAUGUAUUGCAUUUAGUAGAAUGAUUUAUGAAAUAGAUGAUUGGCAUCAUGCUCAAUAUCAAUGUUGUUUUGGUUAUUUUUAUAUUAAUUGGAAAGGUGAAAAAUAUGCUUUACAAGCUGAAAGCCAUGCAGAAAACUCCAUGAAAUUAAUAUCAUUAUAUUUAAAUUCUACUAGUCAGCAAAUGAAUCAACAGAAUUCUGAUGAUCAUGCUAAUUUACUUAUUCUUUGUAUAGUUUUACUGAAUUAUUAUACAUUAGCAAAAUCAAAAAUAAUUUUAAAAAAGACAAAAGAUGCGUUCAGUUCAAUCAGACAAGCUGAAAAGGCAUUAAAUAAAGUUGAACAGCUGAUUGAUUCAAUUGAAAAAUCUAAAAAUAGUUUAGAAAAUAUUGAUAAUUAUGAAGAUAAUUCCAAACAAUUUGAUAGAUAUUUAGAAAAUUAUUAUCAACAAUGGAAUCAUUGUACUUUAAUAAGAUUAGAUAAAAAAUUUUAUCCAAAUUUGCAAAAUUUAAAAGUUUGCAUUUAUUGUUUGUAUGGAAAAAUUGCAUUUGAAUGUGAGAAAUAUGUUGUAUCUUUUGAUCAAUAUAUGCAAGCAUUGAAAUUCAUAGAGAAGACAUAUGGUCCAGAGAGUAAAGAAGUGAUAUCAGUUUAUCACGCACUUGCUCAUAUUGAAUAUCAAAGUAGUGAGGAUGAUAUGAGAAAAUCUAUAGACUAUUUUAAAAAAGCCUAUGAAAUUUCUAACAAAAUUUACUACAAAGAAGAAAGUUUCAGUUCCAUGGUUGACCUUAUUCGUUCAGUUUAUCUACUGUGUACAGUUUACAUGAAACUCAGUUUAAAUUUGGAUGAUACUGAACAUCUCCUUGGUGAAAUGUUACAAAUGUUAAAUACUUAUAAUGAAAAAAACAAUCAAAACUCCAUUGAAUAUCAUGUUGAUAAUAAUUCAAAUGAAUCUGUCGAUCUAAUGAGAAUAAAAACUAGUUCACUAGAUAACGAUAAUCAUCAUAUCAAAUGUCUAACAGAUCAAUGUUUGAACUCGAUUUAUGAAUACUCUGAUGAAUAUUUUGUAAAUUUAAUUUGUUCAUUACGUUCACUAUUAAUAAAAAUUUAUAUAAAAUCAAGUCGUUUCCAAGAAGCCUUAAAAUUAUUAGAAGAAAAUUUAAAUAUUCAAGAAGACACAUUUGGAAUGUACAAUGCACAAGUAAUAAAGACAUAUAAACUAAUCUUGUCAAUAAACAUGGUUCAAGAAAAUUUCUCUGAAGCAUUUAAUCAAGCUGAAAUGUGCCUUGAUCUUGAACAAUUCACAUUCGGUGCUAAUUCGAAACAAGCAAAAAGAACUAAAGAUAUUUUGAAUGCAUUAUCAAGUUACAAGAAAACUGGAAAUAAAAUCAAUUAAAUUCAAUCAAACUGAUAUGUCUGCAAAUGAGUAAUUAUUUCUCAAUAGUAAACUUAUCUCUGAAGAAGUGGCCUACACUAGGUCACGAAACAUCAGAAAAUCUAAUUUUUCUACUCAUUGGGAUAUUACAAAUAGAUUAAUAUAUUUAUAACUAUCUACUCAAUGCUCAAUUUAUUCGAAAUUAUCAAGUCAAACCUUGGUAACGAUACCUGUCUGUAUAUCUGUUUCUAAUCCUAUAAAUAUAAAAUAGUUAAAAGAAUUCAUUAAAUUCUGUCAUAAUACUAUUAUUUAGUUUUUUCUAAAUAUAAUCGAUAGAAAUGUAGAAAGUGAACUAAGAUGGUGGUUGGUGGUAGUCAACAGGAAACCCUACACCUAGGUUUUGUGUUACUUGAUACUUGUCAGCAAAGUGUACUUGUAAUCUUGAGGGAACUGAUUCUCUCUGAUGGAUUCGAUCUCGUGUCACCCAGCUUUACAGUGAACUAUUUUUACUUAAAAUUAACAAACAUCAGUACAUACUUGAUCACUAUUCUUAUGUUCAUACCUUAUUUUAAGUGAACAUAUCUUAUUGGAGAAUAGAAUUACUAAGUUAUUAAAUGAAUUAUUUAUAAUGCUCAGUUUGUGUUAAAUUUGAACUCAAAGCAUCAAUCGUGCUGAAUUUCAAGCCAGUUUUUUAUUCCUUAAUAAUAAUGAAGCUCAAACGUUGAACGAUUAAGAAGUCAAUAAGAAACUUUCAUUUUUGCAUCAAAAUUAUUUGAGGCAUUAUGAAGUAGCUGAUCUAAUUUAAUUUGUCUGUUACAGGAUUUUGACAUUAUUGUGGGUUUAAAUACACUCAGGCACAAUACUCACGAGAAAACUGUUCUUCACAAUGUUAAUAUCAUCUGGCACCACUAAAAUUAGGACACCUGGCAUAGCUUUUGGUAGAAUUUAUCAGUUACUGUCUAAAUACUAAAUAAAAAGCUACAAGUUACAAAGAUGAGCAUUUAAGUUAAGCAGCGACUAUUAUUUCGUAGACAAAAAUGUCUAGCGCACCAAGAGAGG